AUGGCAUCGAUUUUGGGAUCACAAGAGAGAGCUCAAGCCUCUUCCGCCGGGCAGUCACCGGGUGUUUUGCCUGGUGUGGCCAGACAUGACCUAGCGGCGAUGCAAGGAGAGCAGCCCGAUGUCAUAUUCGCGCCUGGCUACGCUGAUACUAUCCGCCAGGACGUUUCUGCAGCUGAGGCCUUGCGCCAGCAUGUCACUCCAUCUCAAAUUGUGGACACAGGCAUCAACCCUACUUUGGCGGAUCUUGCGGAGGCUUCUAGAGCUCCAAAGCGACUCGCAGACGAAGACUGCGAUAUGGGCCGCGCCUACAAGAGAUACCUCCGCGGACCAUCCCGAUUUGUCGAACACAGAGAGAUGAGUGUUGGGACUUUCCCCAAUGACUUCAUUGGGAAGUACUCGAAGCUGCCUCAUACUAUCAGCGGUGGCCCCUUCACGAUCAAGGACAAGAUCCUACCAUGUAGCCCGAACUUCGACUUCAUCUCAUCGCUUUGCACUUCUAGGGAGCUCAUCAUCACCGUCUGUCAGCACGUCAAGCCUAGGGAUGUCCUUUCCUUAAUGAAGGCUAGCAAAAUGUUCUAUGAACUCUUCAUGGGGAGUCUCAGGGCCAAUGUUUGGCAGCUCGCCAACGGCAUGGCCCCGGGCGCCGCCCGCACAUUCUACUGGAAAUUCUACUCGCAGUUCCUCGUCCCGGACCCUACGGGAUAUCUCCCUCAGCACUUGCAUCAGAGAUACGUAUACCCGUGGAGCAAACACCAACUCAAGCUCGAGCCGGACCCUCUCCCCGAUGACCCUAUAGAGCGCAGGGUGCUCGAGGAGCUUGGCCUGCUUGAACCAAAGCCGCGCCUGGUGCCGGGCCUGGCCUGGCUGAACAUGGUCGUCGAGCGCGAGCGCAAGGUCCGCGACAUCAUCGCCUGCCUGGCGCGCAGCGGCCACCGGCUCCCGCGCCACGCGCACAUCUCCCUCAAGAAGAUGUGGCUCGUCAUGGACUGCGCGCGCAAUGAGGUCCGGGAGGCGCUCAUGCGCUCGCGGACUCUCUUCAGCGACUUUGAUCUCUACAACCUUCAGAUGUUCUUCAUCAAGCUGCAGAUGCGCUUCAACGAGCCCAUCUUCGGUCCCGAGUCUUCUGAGCUGAUGCAGGUCCUGCUCGGUCAGAAGGAGGGUCUUGAUGUCAUGUGGGGGCUGCUGCGACGAACCAAAUAUACCGAUGACCUUGAGGCGUGCAUACAGCUCAAGAUCCGCUACAACUAUGAGAUGAGCAUGGCGCAGUUCAUGUCUACCCAGCCCAUUCACAAUGUCUGUCUCCUUGACGUCGGUCUCAUGAAUCUAGAGGGCUGGGGCACGGGUAUGAGACAUCUGAAACGACCUGACGAGCUGGUGAUCCGGGAGGCAGCGCGCCGCCACCUCCGUCUGAGCACUCACUAUCUACACAUGGCAGUCUGGGGCCAUAUCGACAUCAAGAAGAAGCAGAACCUGGUUCCCACCGAAGAGGAGUUGUACAUGAGCGACGAUGAGCUACCCCCUAUGCACCCCAAGCACCCGGAAGCCACCUGCGGCAACGUGCCCUUUCAUCCCGACGAGUGGCAGCCGAAGCACGCAAAGAAGGCGCGCUGGCAUACCCUGACUAGGGAGGAGAAGUUGUAUGUUCGGGCGGAUGAUAUCGACGAGCAGCUGCGCGAUCUGAUCUACGAGGAACUUCCGUCUGACGAGGAGUAUGAUUCCGACCCCUUUGGCGGCGACUUCGACAUGGUCCCGGAGAACACCGUGCGCAGCACAACAUGGGAAGCUGCGCCUGCUUCUGCAUCCGGCUCUUCAGCCAUGGAGGGGUGCUUCAAAGAGGCCCUGAAGAACUCCAACUACAACCAGGCCCAGCAGGACGCGGAGUUGUCGGCGCUCGCUAGCGUUGCUGUCAAGCAGUCGAAGAUGGAGAUGGGGUUUGACGACUAUGUCAGCGACGUGCCCUCCUUUCACACCGAAGACCCGAUGGAUAUUGACGAGGGCAACGAUGAGAUCGAUGCGGCCCGGCACAAGGAGAAACAGCGUCAAUUCCUACGAGGAACUCCGGAGGAUGACGAGGAGGACAUCGAGCCACCGGACUACGACUUCAGAAAGUUUUGA